AGCAACGAAAACCCACAACAGCCAUCAUGCCUCGCAACAAAUCCACUCCCAAGCGACGUCGUAUUGACGAGGAAGAGGAAGAGAAACAAGCUUUGGAAGCGUUGAAAAAGGCUCCGACCGAAGUAGUCGAAGAAGCGGCAGCAGAGGCAUUUGCCCAGGCGGUCCAGGAAUGGCCACCGGUCAAGGAGGAUGAGGUACCACCUGAGUGGUUGCAAGGAUUGGGUUUUGCCACGACGGUUCCCGAGCAACAUUUGGAGGCACUAAAGAGAUUGCAUAGUACCAUUCAAGAAAAAGCCAGUGGGAAUUGGUCGUCCUGGUCGGGAGAUCCCAAGGAUCCCAGACGAAGAGCCUUUGGAAUUUUGCCGGAUACACUUGGCGCCACGGUUCGAGACCAAUUGGAUAUUUCCACGCCCUGGAAGCAACCUGCAGCCAAUGACAAGACUGACGACGAAAGAGCCAAGAAUCGACAAGCUACCGUCACGCUUUCCGAAAUGGAGGGUGUCAAGGACGCCAUUGCAUGGCUCUGUCAGACCAUGACAUCCUCCGUUGUCUAUACUUCAUUGCAACCGCAUUUGACGUAUUCUUCUUUGAUUGCGGCACAACCCAAUCUACACAAUGGACGAACUUUGUUGCCGAUUCACGUCGAUCAUCCGUUGAAAGACGGAUUUGGAAUCAUCAUUGUCACCAUUGCCAUGGUAGGUGAUGGAACCAUAUUAUUUCAAGACUGCGCGGGCAAACGAAUGGCCAAAAUGCAACUGGCCCAAGGACAAGCCUACAUGAUUAGCGGGACGGCACGAGAUGCAUGUGCUCAUGGAGUACUGGCGGACAAUCCACAACGAGAAUCUCUCAAUCUACGAUUCGGAUUGCACGAUUGGAAACGAGACGACAAUACGGGCGAAACGAUGAUUCCGUCCAAGAAUGUUCUUCAGUUUUGGGAAGUCAGUCGGGAUGGGAAUGCAACCGUUGAGCCGAAAGGAAGCAGUGGUGGAGAUAAGAAGAUAGCGGCAAAGACAGGAGACGAAAAAGAAGUGGGGGCAGAAGGAAAUGGCAGAGCGAAGGAAGAAGCACCAGCAAAGAGCUGAAGUACCCUUGUAGGUGUCGCUUUGGCUACUUUGCUUCACACUGGGAGGUGUCACGCCGGUGUACGUGGCCGGGAGAUGGGGCGAGGCUGCAACACAAACGGGCUGAAUGAUUCAAUCCAAUCGAAUCGUCGUCGGAUGCUUCUGUCAAGCGUCAACGGCUCAUCUGGAGUUGGAAAUCCCAUUCCUCGAGGGUUGAUUGGGUUCAUUCUGGGCUUCGUACAUGAACAGGUCAGCGGUUUUUCCUCCGACGGGUUGCAAACCUACUUGUACUAAAGGCGACUUCUGGUGUAAUCACUUCGGCUAGUCUAACUAUUCUUAUAGACUAAAAUGCUC